AAUUUUAUAUAAUUAAGGCAGGGCAUUCGUGCACAUAGCACUCGCCGCCGGUCACCAGUCACCACCCAUGCUUGCCAGGGAUCUCCCCAUCCCGUGCUCCGGCGCCGGCGGCCGCCGUGCACCGGCGGCUGCUGCCGAUGGCCGCCUCGCCGGAGGGGUACUGAGGCCACCGUGGGGAGGAGUAGCUGCCGGCGUGAGGCUCGUCGCAGCGGCGAGGCCAAUGAGCGUCGUGACGGCGGCGGCGGCCGGAAGCAGCUGGGACAGGAAGGCUGGCCGGUCGGAGGCGGCCGUGCCGGCGGCGGCGCCGGUCGACGGGAAGGACGACGACGAUGUGUUGCCAGUUUUAAACAAGCUCAUGACCUCAACUGUCGGUAAAUCAACAAACAUCCGAUGGCAUGACUGCCCAGUAAACCAGCUUGACAGACAAAAGUUGCUGAACCAGAAGGGCUGUGUUGUUUGGAUCACUGGCCUAAGUGGUUCAGGAAAAAGCACCCUUGCAUGUGCACUGAGCCGUGAGCUGCACUCAAGAGGGCAUCUGACCUAUGUUCUUGACGGCGACAAUCUCCGGCACGGCCUGAACAAAGAUCUCAGCUUCAAAGCCAAGGAUCGUGCCGAAAAUAUACGCAGAGUUGGAGAAGUGGCAAAGCUGUUUGCAGAUGCUGGAUUGAUCUGCAUUACUAGUUUGAUAUCACCCUAUAAGAGUGAUCGAAGCGCCUGCCGCAAAUUACUACCCAAUUCUUCGUUCAUUGAGGUGUUCCUGAAUGUCCCACUUGAAGUAUGUGAAGAAAGGGAUCCAAAAGGCCUGUACAAGCUUGCUCGUGCCGGCAAAAUCAAAGGCUUUACGGGAAUAGAUGAUCCUUAUGAAACACCUUCAGAUUGUGAGAUUGUGAUACAGUGCAAAGUUGGGGACUGCCCUUCACCUAAAUCAAUGGCUGAUCAAGUAGUGUCAUAUCUUGAAGCCAAUGGAUUCUUUCAGAACUAGAGAGUUGAAUGAUUGUGAAUUUGUCCAUGUACCUCCAGAUGCUGUAGCAAAGUCAGGCCCUUUUGAAAAAUAGCACUUGCUUCCUGUGUUUGCGAGUUACUUUCCCCGCUAUUAUUUUGGAAUAAACAUUUUCUAUCAGCACAUCUGUAUUUACAAUGCUGAACUGAAAUGUUUGUACCCACAAAGAAUUGUUAUUGAACCUGUACAAGAGGAAUAAAACUAGUCUGUAUGAAUUCAUUGUUCA